UUGUUCUCUGUAAAUUAGGGUUUCUUGUCGAGCAUUCGAGUUCUUGCUUGGUUCUCUGUAGAUUAGGGGUUUUGUGGUGCAUGUGGGUAAUUUUAUUGCUUAGUUCUAUUUAAAUUAGGUUUCUGUAGAGUAUUUUGCUUGUUCUUUUUUCUUUGUUCUCUUUAAAUUAGGGUUUUUGGUUGUUGUUCUAUAUUUUGUUCUCUGUAUAUUAGAGUUUUUUUAGAGUAUUUGGUUGUUAUUCUUGGUUUGUUCUUUUUAAAUUAGGGUUUCUGUAAAGUAAUUUGGUUGUCAUUCUUGAUUUGUUCUCUGUAAAUUGGGGUUUUUGUUGAGUAUUUGCGUCUGUCUCUUUAUUUUUGGCGGUUGGUUUACUCAUUUGUUUUAAUUAGGGCUUUUUCCAGAAGAGUGAAGUUUGGUUUGUGCAUUGAGAUAAAGUUUGGUUUGGGCUUUUUAUGUUGAGCUGAAAGUCCCGUAUUGUUUGGUGAGGGAAAAAUGCGUUUUGAGGGUAGGGUAAUGGAGAUCCAAGCUUUUCUUCUUGAGGUUCAGGGUUCUUUUAUUCUGAGUUUGUAUUUUUAGGUUUCUAUGGUAUAUGAGCAUGGGAUGGGAGCCCUAUAUCUUUGAAAUUGAGACACCAUUUAGAACUGAGACUCUUGGUUCUUUGAUGGAGGUGUUGUGUUAGGGCUGGUUAUUGACUUCUUUCACUGCAUUCUCUGCAAUUAAAACUCAACGUGUUGGGGUGUUUUCCUGCAAGCGUAAGACGUGUCACACUUGAAGUUUUCAUUCAACCCUGAUUCUGUGCUAUAAGAGAGAGAAUAAACUUCUCCAUGAAUCAUCCAUUAAAUGUUGUUAUUUUAGGAGACAACAUGCUCAAGAAUGCGGCCAUACUGUAAUUUUGGGCUUUCAACUAUCGUUACCGCCAUGGGUUUUCUCUGUAAAAGUUAGAGGGACAAGAGGGCAGUACAAAGGUUAUCGUGGUGGAGCUGGAUAGCUAUUUGGAUUCCAGCCACCAUUCGGUGGCUGGAGGCUCAGUUCAAGCCUCCUCCAAUUCUGGUAUCUUUUUUCAAGGUGAUGGGUCUUCCGUCACCAACUCUCAAGUGAACAACUCUGGUUUUUCAAGCUCACCCACUUCAAUUCCUGGUCCAGUUAGGGGAAAUCUUGGCUCUGCACGAGGUGAUAUGAAUCGGGUUUUGAAUAGUGCUGCAAACUCAGGGCCUAGUGUUGGGGCUAGCUCUCUGGUCACUGAUGCAAAUUCAGCCCUUUCAGGAGGCCCCCAUUUACAAAGAAGUGCAAGCAUAAACACUGAAUCUUAUAUGAGAUUACCAGCUUCGCCUAUGUCCUUCUCAUCUGGUAAUAACAUUAGCAUAUCGGGAUCUUCAGUCAUGGAUGGUUCUUCGAUAGCCCAGCAAAGUGGGUCAUCAGUUACAAGGAUCGAGACGCAUCAUGACCAAAAUUCUCAGCAAAUUCAGCAGAGGCAACAACAUGGGGCUUCUCCUGCAACUUCUCAACAGAGCCAGGUUGGUUCAGGGGGACAGCAACCAUUGGGGCCUUUGGGCCAUGAGGCCAGAGCCCUUUUGUUACAACAAAAGCCUAGGCUUGAUAUUAGGACUGAGGAUAUUUUACAACAACAAGUUAUUCAACAAAUGUUAAGACAAGAAAAUGCUCAGUUACAGGGCCAGAACCCACAAUUGCAGGCUCUUUUGCAGCAACAGAAGCUUUUUAGGCAGCAGCAACAACAACAACAACUUUUGCAGUCCUUGCCUCAGUUUCAGAGGACCCAUAUGCAGCACCAGCAGCAACAACAGCUCAGGCAACAUUUACAGCAGCAGGGUGUGCAGGCUGGGCCCAUGGUGAAGAGGUUUCAAUAUGAGAGUGGGAUGUGUGCUCGUCGACUUAUGCAGUACGUAUACCAUCAGCGUCAGCGCCCUGAAGAUAAUGACAUUAAGUACUGGAGAAAGUUUGUGGCUGAAUAUUUUGCUCCUCGUGCCAAAAAGAGAUGGUGCUUGUCGAAGUAUGAGAAUGUUGGCCACCAUGCGCUUGGUGUCUUCCCUCGAGCUGCAAUGGAUGUAUGGCAGUGUGAUAUUUGUGGUUCUAAAUCGGGAAGGGGAUUUGAGACAACUGUUGAAGUGCUUCCCAGGCUUAAUAAAAUUAAAUUUGAUAGUGGAGUUGAGGAUGAGCUUCUGUUUGUUGAUAUGCCCCAAGAAUGUAGACUUCCUUCUGGGUUGAUAGUAUUGGAUUAUGGGAAGGCCAUACAAGAGAGUGUUUAUGAGAAUCUUCGAGUUGUCCGUGAGGGUCAACUUCGGAUCAUAUUCACCCCCGAAUUGAAGAUAUUAUCUUGGGAGUUCUGUGCACGUCGUCAUGAAGAACUUCUGCCUCGUAAGUUGGUGGCACCGCAGGUGAAUCAGCUAGUGCAGGUUGCGCAAAAGUAUCAAACAGCUGUAGCUGAAACUGGUUCUUCUGGUUCUACAAUCUCAACUCAGGAUUUACAGACAAAUUGUAAUAUGUUUGUUCAAUCUGGUCGUCAGCUAGCAAGGGUGUUGGAGUUACAGUCAUUGAAUGACUUGGGAUUUUCCAAAAGAUAUAUUCGAUGCUUGCAGAUAUCUGAAGUUGUAAAUAGCAUGAAGGACUUGAUCGACUUCAGCACAGAAAACAAAAUGGGGCCUAUUGCAAGUUUAAAGAACUUCCCUCGACCAGUGGCUACCCCAAAACUCCAGAUUCCAAAAGUGGAAAUGGAGCAAAUGGUGAACUCUCAAAACCUAGCCUCUGAUCAAAACUCUGUCAAACUCAUGGCUAUGCAUUCUGGCUUGGCCAACCAUGCAAAUAACCAUAUUGGUGCUGGUGCCCCCUCCAUCAACAGUUCGAAUCAGACCGCUGCUGUAGCGCUUAGUAACUACCAGAACAUGCUUCGACAAAACUCCAUGAGCUCGAACCAGAGUCCCCUUCAACAAGAUGGUAUUUCAGUUCCAUGCUCUUUCGGAAACCCUAACCCUAGCCCCACUCCACCCGCAUGUAACAACCCUGCACAAACCUCCCCUUUCCAAUGCCAGCAGGUUUCAUCCAUGCAAGGAUCGCUUCAAAACCCUAGUCUGAUUGGGUUGUCAAGCCCUCUGCAAAGCCCUAAUUUGCUCCAACAAACCCAUUCUCACAACUCCCAAGGAAAUCACCAUUUCCAGCAACAAAUGAUUCAUCAACUCCUGCAAGACAUGAUGAACAAUAACAAUGGUGGAGCACCGCAACAAUCUCAGAACAAUAACCAGACCGUAAAUGGAAAUGGCGGGGAAGACAUGUUCAACGGGAUGAACAACGGUGUUGGAGGCAGGGCAAGCUCUGGUAUGAUGGGUAAUGGCAUGGCCAUGGGUAACAAUGGACCCAACAUGUCUAAUAAUAUCAUCGGUAUGAUGCCGAAUCGAAGCAACAGUUUCAAAGGCAUAGCAAACAGUUCUUCUCAGGCAAGUGGUAACAAUGCCUUCAAUUUAAGGUCGAGUAUGCAGCACAUGCAGGAGAUGGUGCCGGACAUUCCACACGACUUUACCGAGAAUGGAAUACUCAAUGGGGAACCAGGCGACAUUGGUUUCGGAUGGAAAAAUUAGAAGGCCUUUCUUUAUUCGGCAGCAGAGCAUAAUUAAAUCUGAUACGUUGUACAGAAGAAACUAGCAUUAAGGUUUGAUGAUGAUGCAUGUGCCUGCAUGUAAAUCAUUCAUGCAUGCAUUGCAUAUUCAUGGUAUAUGGAGUGUACUCGGCACGUGAUGUUGCCGGAACGAUUGUGCUCUGAUUCGUGUUUCAGUUUUUACUGUAUUUGGCAGUUUUGAGGUUUUUGCCAUUUCUAACUAUAUAUUGUUCUAUAUGAUACAGUUAUCAACUUCAGUAAAAGUUUGUAUUUCCAAUGUC